AUGGCCGCGCCACCGCCGCCGAGGUUCGUGCCGCACGAUGAUACGGAGGACGAGGUUGUUGUGAUUGAGGAGCACAGCCCGCCGCCGAGGAGGCACAAGUCCAAGAGCCACCGGAGACGGAGCUCGAGCGCGAGGAGGGAGAGUGGGUUUCGCGAGGUCGACCCCGAUCGAUUCGCCGGGGGUGAUGCGCCGCUAAGAGACGGCACGCCGGAUGAGCAGCGCCGGACCAUCGACCGCUUCUUCACGCCCGACGCUGAGUUCGUGCACCCCUUCUGCAUCGCGCCGCGCUUCAGCGAGGGCGACCUCGUCCUCCCCGGCCUGCGCCGCCUGAGCUCCCGCGAUGCACUCAGGGGGAUCUUCCAGUGGUAUCGGAUGUUGUCGCCCAAAAUAGUCAUUGACAUCGACACGGCUUACAAGAUGUACCUGGACAUGCGGCAGGUAUUCUCGAUCUGGUUCGCGCCGGGCUACCACGCCCGCGUGCGGCUCGUCACGGUCCUCGACCUGGUCCCCUGCGACCUGGGAGCGCACCGCAACGGCGAGCCGCAGGUGAUCGCGAGGCGGGAGGACACCGACGGCGGCGAGAAGGCGCCCCAGCAGCCGGGGUCUACCGCCACGGGCGGCCGGAGCCAGCAGGUCUGGAGGAUAUCUCGCCAGGAGGACCUGUACCAGGUCAACGAGUUCCUCAAGUUCACAGGGCCCUACUGGUGGUGCGUGUGGCGGCCCCUCUGGUUCCUCUUCCAGCUGUUCGCGACCGCCAUAUCCGUAUUCCUGAGCCUGUUUGUCGCGCUGUCGCCCUGGGCUUUCCAGCAGAACCCCGCGCCCGGUGGGGUGGAGUCCACGGUCCAGCAGGUGGAGACGUAUCACGACGACAAGGACGACGAAGUGAAGCCCGACAAACCGGACGGGAAGACUGCCUCGCACAGCGCGCCGGCCUCCGGAGAGGACAGUAGCAGCGGCAGCGGUGGCAGCGGCGCGGCGGGCAGAACGAACGGGAACAGUCAGGCGGCCAACAGUAAGGCACAUCCGUCCACCCCUCCGCGGAAGUCUUGGAAGGGAGGGAAGAAAGACGGCCGCUAG